GGUGGAGCGAAUCCCAUUCAGUUAUCAAAUAAAAAACUUUGAAAGCACGUUGGUGAGUUUGGUAAAAAAUAUGAGUGCACCAAUUGUGGAAGAGGCAAUUCCCAAGUGCAUUUUCUUCGUUGGGAUGGGCAGCAAUGACUACCUCAACAAUUACAUUAUGCCUGCUUACUUUACUCAAGAUGAAUACACUCCUCAAAAGUUUGCUGAAUUAUUGGUUCAUCAAUACAAAGAGCAAUUGAUAAAAUUAUAUGAUCUUGGAGCUCGGAAAUUUAUAAUUGCUGGGAUUGGACAAAUGGGUUGCAUCCCAUUCUUGCUAGCAGAAAGUUCAAAUGGUGAAUGCUCAGAAAUGGUGAAUCAAAUGGUGCGCCCAUUCAAUGCCAAAUUAAAGACAAUGAUCAUGAAACUCAACAAGAGUGAACUGCCUGGUGCCCACUUCAUUUUCCUUGACAUGGAAAAUAUGUUCAAGGAUAUAUUUAUCAACUACAAGUCCUAUGGGUUUAGUGUGAAAAAUCGUGGGUGUUGUGGGUCAGGGAAAAACAAAGGGGAAGUAACUUGUCUUCCAAUGCAAACACCAUGUCCAAACAGAGAUGACUACUUAUUUUGGGAUGCAUAUCACCCCACUUCUGCUGUCAACCUUUUGCUUGGGGAUAUGGCUUUCUAUGGAGGUCCCAAUUUUACUUUUCCUAUGAAUAUUCAGCAACUUGCUACUCUCUCAAAUUGA